AUGGAGACAAGUCAAACGUUUGUGGAUCCAAUACAAUUACGCGAAUACAGGAAAAAGAAUAACCAGUCAGCGAGUGACAUUGCAAGCAAAUUCUUGAUUACCAUACAAUACCAAACAAAUUCAGACAGUGUCACUGUUCAUGGUACAUUCAGAUGUAUCUGCCCGGACGGUUUUAUUGGCGAAUUCUGCCAUAUCACGGAGGAAGAGCGAAGCUGUGAGGAGGAUUACUGCAGUAGUCAUGGGCAAGGUCAUUACGAAGACGGGAGUUGCGACUGCAAAUGCGAUCCACAGGAUUGGAUCGGUGAACACAGUGUCACUGUUCAUGGUACAUUCAGAUGUAUCUGCCCGGACGGUUUUAUUGGCGAAUUCUGCCAUAUCACGGAGGAAGAGCGAAGCUGUGAGGAGGAUUACUGCAGUAGUCAUGGGCAAGGUCAUUACGAAGACGGGAGUUGCGACUGCAAAUGCGAUCCACAGGAUUGGAUCGGUGAACGUUGCGAUAUUCGGUCUCCGUGUGCAGCCUACAGCUGCAUGAACGCCUCAAAUUGUACGCUGAAAGAGCAUCCAAAAGAAAACAGAGUUGAAGCUGUGUGCAACUGCCCAAGUGGGACUGAAUUGGUUUCUACAAGAAUAACA